UUUAUAUCACAGAAAGAUAACCUCAACCUUUACGAAAUUAAUCAAACUUGUACGGAACCAUGAACACUCAUGGAUGGAGCAACAAUGCAAACGCCUUUGAAAAUUUUGAAUCUUCCAUAACGACACCUUUUCAUGACACUUCAGCUCCUGUAGCAGCGGUGGUGGCGCCAAUCUCCCGGAAUCCCAGUUUUCGUAGCAUUUUAUUGGCGGAGAAUUGGGCGGAGCUACCGUUGAAGGAGGAUGAUACUGACGACAUGGUCAUCUACGGGACUUUGCGUGAGGCUGCUGCUACAACAGGUUGGUUCCCCGGUAACACGGUGAACAAUGCUGAUGUAGGCGUGAAAAUUGAAGAUCAAGGUGAAAACAGUAGCGCUGCAGCGGCGCCUGUGGUUCACGCGCCACCAACUAAUGGUAAGAAGUUAGGCUUCCGUGGAGUUAGGAGAAGGCCUUGGGGAAAGUAUGCUGCUGAGAUAAGAGAUCCUAAGAAAAACGGUGCGAGGGUGUGGCUUGGGACUUACGAAACUGCUGAGAAUGCAGCUUUGGCUUAUGAUCGAGCUGCAUUUAAGAUACACGGCUCGAAAGCUAAGCUGAAUUUUCCUCACUUGAUCGAUUCAGAUUACACUGGAUUGGUUAAGAUCAAGCGAAAUGGACGCUAGGUGAGUAUUAUGACACUGUGGUGUGGAUAAUUUGUAAUAAAUUUUUCCCUUUAUUAUAUACAGAAAGAUCAUAGUGAUAUGAUAAUAAUGUGAGACAUAGCAAAUUGAUGAGGAAUGUUGUUAUUCAACUCAUGUUCCAUGAAGUUGAGAGUUAUAGUCAAAAUCUUUUACAAAUGUGGUUGUUGUUUCAUUUUGGGAUAAUAUUUUUGAAGUUUGACAUCCAGG